CAAUGUUUUUAACUAACGAAUUUUUUUGGAAGUCCAUCCUCAUAAAACGACGUCGUUUCUACGUAAAUAUGAAAUAGACGCCCUUUUUCAAUCGACGCCGACCCUUGCAGGCAGUCAUUCCCUUAUCUACUGCUGUCGCCUACAGAUUUUCAUGGCAAACAAACAGCAUUUUUCGAAUGAGGCGGUUCUUCAACAACUCAAACAUGGAAGAGCCCGGUUCGAGCUCGUGUCUUCCCCAGUUCCUUCAAUUUCGAGUCCAAAGUUGCCCACACUUUCCACUGAAAACGGACCCCAAUUCUUCGCUAGAAUCGGAUCGUCACUAGGUGGAGCAUCACCUGCAAUGAAGAAAGUGCAGCGUUAUUCAGUUCAGAAAGUUACUGGGGAUGGUCGGUGUAUGUUUCGUGCACUGGUAAAGGGAAUGGCUUUCAAUAAGGGUAUUGCUAUUAGUUCACGUGAGGAAAGAGAUGAUGCAGAUGAGCUACGGAUGGCUGUGAAAGAGAUCAUAUGUGGAAAUGGCAAAGAACGACGUCAGUAUGAAGAAGCAUUGGUUGCGAUCACUGUUGAGGAGUCUCUGAAACGUUACUGCCAACGCAUUGAACGGCCUGAUUUCUGGGGAGGAGAGUCAGAGCUACUGGUGUUAUCAAAAUUAUGUCAUCAGCCAAUCAUUGUAUAUAUACCGGAACAUGAGCAUACAAGGGGUGGAUGGAGCCCUGGUUUUAUUCCCAUUGCAGAGUAUGGGAGUGAGUUUGGUAAGAGUUCGAGAAACGGGAAACCCCGGGGAGUUGUGAGGCUGUUGUACAGUGGGAAGAACCACUACGAUCUGCUUAUCUGACUACUCAAUAAAUUCUUGGCAAGCUGCAUGGUCAUGCCAUUUUGUACGUGUAUUUUGAGCAAAAAGUCUAGAACCUUGCUCAUUUUAUGUGACAGAAAUUGGACGAUGAUACAGAAAACUUUUCUUUAAAAUUUUGUAUGUCAAGUGAAUCUGCAGCCACGCAUUUCUAACCAUGGGUGGCUGCCCAUUUGUUAUUUGUUUUAUUCUCUGUUUUUCCUUUCA